AUGGAAAUGAACAGCUUGGCAGCUUCAUGUUAUCGAUCCAGCGCAUUUCAUAGAUGCACAAAUCGAAGAACCUUGCGCCGCGCGUCCCUUUGGCAGCAGCGGCAGCAGCAGCAGCACCAACAGCCCUUCGCCGUGGUGACGCCUUGCAGCCCGGAGGCAGCCGUGUCUGCGUCGGUAUUAAAUUCCCCUACGAGUACACCUGUCGCUUCGCCCGCAAAAUCGACCGAUGUGGUAACCGUCUACUUCAGGCAGGAGGGCACCUCGACGCAAGCCCGGCCUGGGGAGGACUUUCUGGAGGUGGCGUCGCGUUGCCGUGCGGACAUCCCCACGGGCUGCUUGCACGGCUCUUGCGGCGUGUGCGAGGUGGAGCUGUUCAAGUGCGGAUCGGAUGGCCGCGAGGCGGGCAGCCCCGUGGUGAUGCGCGCGUGUGUGGCCAAGGUGCCACGGGGCUGGGGGCGGGUGGAGGUGGGCAUGAUGUCCGCAGAUACUGUUUGGGGCCAGGACGGUUGGGACACGUGA